AUGAGGUCUUCCACGGUAAUCAUACUGGACAAUGGCGCAUCGACAAUAAAGGCAGGUGCAGUCGGUGUGCAUAACUCCGAUCCCAGGUGGGUUGCCGGGCUCAGGCUUACCAUUCCUAACCUCUCCGCGCUCAACCUGUGGGGAUGCAGGAUCAUCACCAACGCCAUAGUGCGCUCGAAGGGCGACAAGGCUACCUAUAUUGGUCAUGAGCUAGAGAAUUGCCGCGACUAUUCUUCGCUACACUAUCGCUUGCCUUUCGAGAAGGGGUAUCUAACAGACUGGGAUGCCGAAAAGGCUAUAUGGGACGGAAUCUUCUCCCAUGAGGUUCUCGCUGUGAACACGGCAGAGUCGUCACUCCUCAUCACCGAGCCCUAUUUUAACCUACCCAACAUACAAGACGUGUAUGACCAGUUCGUCUUCGAAGAGUACGACUUCCAAUCAUACUACCGCUGCGCACCCGCGUCUCUUAUACCGUACGGGAAGCUUUAUUCGAGCCCGGGCCAGCCUGCGCCGGAGUGCACGCUCGUGAUAGAUAGCGGCUUCAGUUUCACUCACGUUGUCCCCAUUCUCAAGGGGGCAGUUGUAUGGAACGCAGUCAGGCGCAUCGAUGUCGGUGGCAAGAUGCUCACAAACCACUUGAAAGAACUGGCGUCUUUUCGUCAAUGGAACAUGAUGGAUGAGACACACGUUGUCAAUGCCAUUAAAGAGAAGUGCUGUUAUGUGUCCACUGACUUCAAGAAAGACAUGGAGACUUCCCACCUCGAUCCAAGAAACAAUCUCAUUGCACAGCAGUACAUACUCCCGGACUUUUCGAUCAACCGGGCCGGGAGGGUGCGCCGACCAGACGAGCCACUUGAGGCGCAAGCCCAGGUGAUGCACAUGAACAACGAGAGGUUUACGGUGCCGGAGAUCCUCUUGCGCCCAGACGACAUUGGUCUAGGGCAGUCUGGCAUUGCCUCCACGGUGGCACAAAGUGUCGCCCUUCUUCCCAGGGACCUUCAGGGAAUGUUUUGGGCCCACAUUGGACUUAUUGGUGGGAAUGCCAAGUUUCCAGGAUUUCGCCAACGCCUCGAGUCUGAGCUGCGCGCGUUGGCCCCUGUCGAUUGCGAGGUCUCCAUUCAUAACUCAAAAGACCCAAUCCUGGAAUCGUACCGGUCUGGGGUGGCCUUUGCCAAGAAACCCGUGUUCGCGCAACAAGCGGUGACUCGAGCGGAGUACCUGGAAAUGGGAAGCAAUGCUUCUAGAAGGAAGUUCAGGGAUUGGAAGCCGGGCACUGUGGACGCGAGCAAUGGGCCUGCCAUUGAGCAAGCAAGCAGAAAGGGUCCUGUGAGGAAUCAGCGAAAUGAACGGGAUGACAGCGCACGCUCAUGA